CCUUACUUCUCACCCUUAGUUAGUGUCAAGUGUGUCUUUAGUGAACAAGGGAACUACCUCAUAUCUACCAUGGUGCUUGGAGACCUCCCCUCACACUUAGAGACACAGGAAGCGCUAUAGGAGGAGGAGGAGGAGGAGAGGGAAGAAGAGGAAGAGGAGGAGGAGAAGGAGAAGGAGAAGGACUCUCUUCUCUCCUUCCUUCCUUCCUUCCUUCCCCCCCUUUAUCAGGCGGAGGUGAAAACAUGGUUUGUCAAAGGAUAAUUAUGGGUUGGCCUGGGUCAUACUGGGUCAGCGUCUGUCACGUGAUCUUGCUGUCGACCGGCGUGACCCUAGCUCUGACCUCGCAGGAAGGUGGAACGGUGCUCCAUGAGGUGCUGGCGGGACGGCAGGUGUAUGUUUACCGUUCCUACAAGGACGUCCAGAUCUUCCACUUUUCUGUGCCACCUCACGUCUCCGUUGCACACUUCAACUUUACAGCCAAUGACACCCUUGCUUGCGAUGCCCGUAAUAUUACUGCCUUUCUGCAGGCCCAGAGCUACCCUGUGGUGAACCCCGAUGGUGCAGAGUUUCCAUCUGGCAUGUGGAUCAACCGGUCACACGUGUACGAGGUGCACCUGCGCUCGGACCUUAAGCCAGCCCUACUCUCCGUCCCUUUCCCUGUCGCUGGGGAUUGGUUCAUGGUGGCCUUUAUCAAUGAUACAUCCAACCGCAUAACUCAGGCUGGCCUGUUUCCAUCGUGCCACUCGUGGUUGCAGAGCGAGGUGGAAUAUCGGCAGGAGGACCAGAUUACCACCGUUGUGCCUGAGAUCCACUCCCACCAAGAGAUUCAGCUCUACCAGAAAGUGGAAGGCUCGGAAUAUUACAGAUUUUAUGUGCCGUCAUCAACGUGGCUUGUGGUUGUGAACAUCAGCAAAUGUGUUGUGUUGGAUGAUGGAGAAGGGUCUCCUUCUUGCCCCAUAGAUGUAGGCUUCCGAACAAGAGCCUUGCCUGACCUGAAUUCUACAGACACAGUUGUACACAACUGUGCUGAUGAUGGUGCGGUGUGCACACUUGAGGUCGUCCCCGAGGAAGAGGCAUGGCACUAUAUUCAGCUCAGCACUCAUCAAGCUGCUGUUCAGCUUAGCAUGGCUGUCAAAUUCUAUAUGUGUGAUGAACCAGGUGGGAGCAGUUACCACUUGCUGAGUCGAUUGUACCUGAACCAGCUGUGCAGCGAGGGGAGCAGCAUACAAAACCUCCCUUUGAUGUCCAAUGACACAGCCAAUGAGGUAAACAGCACAAUUGAAUCAGAGGAGAAUGCUGACAAUAUGGAGUCACGUCGUAUUCUGUUCAUGCCAUCGGUGAAGAGAAAGAGGAACCUGCAAGAUGGUUGUUGGCCAAGGCAUAAUUUAGUGAAAAAGACAUUUGGGGGGAACUUUGUCUUCGAAUUUGACCUUCCGCCAGACGAGAAUGGAUCAGUUCCCCUCUUACUGAAUAUCACCAAUGACUCUCCCACCCUUCUCACCUUCAACUUAGAGCCCAUCAUAGACAUCGGUGGAACACUUUCCGUGGAGCUGGCUGUUUCCCCAUUCAUGAACAUAACCCUCCACAACUUCACUGUGGAUGCUUGUGUGAGCCGCGGCAAGCGCAAAGAGCCAAAUCUUGAUGCAGAUGCUGAGUUCAAGUGUCCUCGUGGUCAUGGUCUCCAUGUUAACACCUCAAGCCUGUCUGCGGCUGCCACCUCAGUCUUGAUUCCGUUCCCUGAGCCUGGGCCUUGGUACCUAACUCUCCGUUCAGGUUGUUACCUCUCCAAUGCAAGUGAGGUGACCGAAUGUACUGUUAAUGAGACUACAGUGCUCUUCAGCAUCACUUCAGCCUCGUGUCUGCAUGGGAAAUGUGGCAGAUAUGGGUCUUGCUAUCAAUAUAUUUCUGGGGGAUUCAUAUUUUCUACUUGUGUCUGUGAUGCAGGCUACCGUGGGUGGGCAUGUACAGACAAAUCUCAAGCCAUGGCUAAUUGGCAACUGAUCCUGGCCACACUACUGCUUACACUGUCGAAUCUCUUCUUCUUGCCGGCAAUCAUCCUGGCACUGAAGCGACGGUACUUUGCGGAAGCUGUCGUGUAUGCCUUUACCAUGGUCUUCUCAACGUUCUACCAUGCGUGUGACCAGCAGCCGUACAACUUCUGCCUGAUGCGCCUGAGUGUCAUGCAAUUCUGCGACUUUUAUUCAGCCAUCCUUUCCUUUUGGGUCACCCUCAUCGCCAUGGCUGACCUGCCCCACUCGCUCUACUCGUUCCUCCACGUGGCUGGUGCUCUGGUGGUUGCCUUGGGAGUGGAGUAUGACCGCACGGGGCUGUGGGUGUUUGUUGUCCCUUCGGCUUCAGCCUUCUUGAUAAUGGUUGCCUCAUGGGUAUGGCACUGCAAACACCUGCACAGCUGCUAUCCAACCAAGUGGUAUUGGCUGACGUGUCUCCUGCCGGGAGUGCUCCUUUCCGCCACUGGCCUCUUCUGUUAUGCGUUCCUAGAGACCCAUGACAACUACUACUAUGUGCAUUCAGUGUGGCAUGCGACCAUGGCCCUUGCGAUCCUCUGCCUUUUGCCGCCGCGGAGAGAGAAAGAUGAGAGAGGCGAUGGUGAGGAGGUGGAGCCACUGCCUGUUUGCGAGGCCCAGCCCCACUUUAUAGAGGCACAGGCGUACUCUCCUGUCCCCUAGGCCAACCACCCAAAGUCUCGCUCGUCCCCAGAUUCCCCGCAUUGCUCUGUCCCACGUGCGACUUCCCUUCCCAGACCUCCCCCUCUGCCGGUAUCCCGUGCCACUUCUACGCCACAUCCUACUCUCCCUUGUCUGUCCCUGAUGUGGCUCUCGAUAUAUCUCCCUUACCUUUUCUUUGUUUUCCUCCCCAUUCUGCUCUCAAAUUUGGGCCCCCCCUCAUUCUCAAAUUCCCGGUUCUUGCUUUUCAUAGCAAAUGUAUUGCAGUCCAUCGGAUAUUGGGUAUUAAAUUUUAUGCCGUAUACGGUAAUGAUUACAUCUAGUGCAUUCAUAAACUGUGGAAUUUUGUUGAUUUUUAGACAUACUGAUACACAGUUUUCUUGUGCACACACACACACACACACACACACACACACACACACACACA